UCUGUCUCUCAACCUCUCUCUCUCGAGGUCAUGCGAUGAUGCUCUCUCGCUCGCCUUCAACGAUUGUCGCAAGGGUCUUGAGAUUGCGUCUGUUUUGAGAGUCCCCCCCUCCUUUUUUUUUGUUUAUUUUUCUGCAAUUCUAGCGUUGCUUGCCGGUGGGUGCGUUGCUGUGAAGCACCUGGUCGCUGCAAAUGGAGGUUGAGGUGAAGAUCCGCCUGGACGACGCCUCUGCCCAUCAGAAAGUUGUGGCGCUGCUGACUGCCCAUUACCAGGUGACCCACCUCCAGCAGAAUGUUUUCUUCGACGGAGCGCAACAGGAGCUUAGUUCCAAGAACAUGGUGCUCCGCCUGCGCUUUUACAACGGUGACGAGCGCUGCGUGGUCUCGCUCAAGGGCAAGGCUGUUAUCAUCGAUGGCAUUAGUCGUGGAUCUGAGGUGGAAGAGGACAUCGAUGUUGCUCGAGCCAGAGCGUGCGUGUGCAAUCCAUCUCAAUUAGUGGGAUCUGAUUGCAAGCUUCUUCAGCAAGUCAUCCGCGAGUACAAGUGUGAGAAGUUCUUGUGCUUGGGUGGGUUCAGGAAUGUGCGCAACGUGUACAACUGGGAGGGGGUGCAAUUGGAGCUUGAUGAAACGCAUUACGAAUAUGGGACCACAUACGAGAUCGAGUGCGAGACAUCUGAUCCCGAGAGGUUCAGGCAGCUACUUGGUGAGCUCCUGGACAAGAAUCGGAUCACCUAUCGGUACUCCACAAUCUCCAAGUUUGGAAUUUUUAUGGCAGGUAGGAUUGGCGCGUUAGAUUAGGUAUUCAGCAGAAGCUAUGCAUUGUGGUCUUCUGCCUCCAUGUUCUGUCAUGCCAUGUGCUUCUUCAAUUGCUAACAGAUUCUUAGCGAUUGUUGGUAAAAUGUAGAAUGAAAUUCAUUUAUGAACUACGAUUUUAAAGUUUCGGAUUUGCAGUUAGGAAA